AUGUCGUCCGCGGCGGUUCCAGCUUCUUCAAUAAAUCCACCUUUCAGCGCGUCAAAUCUUCCACAAGAGCUUUUUCAAGGUGGAUUACUCGCUAAACCACCUUUGAAUACGCAGUCCAACUCCUUUUCCAUCGGUACAACUCAAUCUCGGGUCACUCCUUACGUGUCUCAUAGUUCUUCAAACCUUUUCAAUUCACAACUUCAAGGUUCUAUUCGUGCGUCUCAAUCAGGAAGGCGAACUGUUGGUCAGCCAAAGGGCAGGAGAAAGAAAGAAACAGAUGAGGCGAUAGAGGAAGAAGAUCCAGAAGUCGAGAUUUCAAUGAAUUUUACUUACCUCAGUGGAAUCGGCAAGUCUAACGUCAAUCAUGGUCUCACACCUCGUAAAUUUAAAGUCAACCUGAACAGCUCUGAUUGGUUCUGGCGGCUUGGGUCCGAUGUUUAUGCAUACUACAAAGAAGAAGCCGAUGCCUCGUCAUUCCCAUCCAAAGAUCAGCUGAAGAAAUUACACCGACUUCCUCAAGAAUUUUCACCUAAGUACUGUAGUAUCGCCGAAAACGGGGUUUCAGUUUCAAAAGAGUCCAUGGCAUCAUCACUUGUCCUUGCACGGAAAGAAAAAAAGCUUCAUAAGACCAAAUUUGGGCUGAUAUUCAAUGUGAAAAAAUAUGUAGCCCUCCAACCAGAAUCUCCCGAGCCAAAAAAACUGUCUUCCAAACGACAAAUGAGCAAGCGAAAGCGAGUGUCUGAUGAAAGUGAUUCCAACAACACCUCGGAAUCGUCUCCUGAGCCAGAACAAACCUCUUCUCGAUCUCGCACUCAAAAACGCAAGCGAAUGAAUCAAUUAUCUGAUGAAGGAGAUGAUGAAGUUGAACUUACAAAUGCAAUUACCAACAAAGACUCAUCUGAUUCAACAGAAGAGCCCAAUCGCUUGAUAGCUCAAGAUCACUUGAUACAGCCAGACCACCAAAACGACACUCACAAUCGAGUCGAUUCUGUAGAAGUAGAUCAACUGGAAGCGAGUUUGCCUGAUGAUGCCAAAGAGGAGGAGUCCAUUGAAGAAGUCGAUAAAGCCAAUCACGCGAAUGUUUCCAAAUAUCCUGUGAGAAAUUUGUCUUCAAUAACGCUUAGGGUCCAUGAUGUUCUGGUAGGCCAAUUACUCAAUAAUGAAUCUUGGUGGUCCAGCUAA